AUGCGCUUCUUCCUUGUCGAGCACGAGUCGUUCGUGCACAUAUUCCGGUCGCUGCCCCUCGAGAUCUUCCCGCGCAUCAUGUGCGCGUACUCGCGGCUGUUUAAGCUUGUUCUCGACGAAAUGGAGCGUCAGUUCGUCCUGGGCGGCGAGCAGGGGCUCGACCUAGCGCGUUCAGAGGCGGUCGCCGUCGUCGACCGGCUGGGCGGGUACAUGUUCUCGGGACAUCCGCGACACCUCCCGAGAACGGUUCUCAGGCCGCUCGGUACGCUUGAGAGCCUAUGGGCGGGCGGCUGGCCCUUCCUCGACCCGGCCGUCGUCAGCCUCGGCGCCCCGGGCUCGGGCGGGGCCGUCAUCAACAUGGGCCGGUGGCCCCACUCCGCCAGGACCGGGCGGCCCGUGCUUCUGCACGUCCGGGAACUGCACCACCACUACGGCGCCCGAGUUGCAUCUUGUCGGGAGAUUGCCGUCUGGUUCGCGCAGCUGGGCGAGCAUGCGUUCGCGAGCAAGACUGCAGUGGCCGCGUUCGCCGAGGAGCUCGUCCGCGAGCUAUGGGUCCCGCAGACGAAGACCUUCAUCAUGCAGCAGCUCAGGCGUCGCCUUCAUGAGGGCGGUGGCGACCCAGGCAGACCCAUCACGAUGGAGAAUAUAGCCUCAUGCGAGACGGCCAUGGCGGCGUGGGAGGCGGCGCCCGACGCGUUCACAUGGAAGGCGCUGCAGCGACUGUGUCGGGGGUUACGACUCGGCGGCGAGCGCGUGGCCAUCGCCGUCUCAAAUGAGAAGGGGAGGGACUCCUUCGCAGCCAAGAAUGCAACGUGGCCGCUCACACUCCACUUCGCCAUUAUCAACGGUCGUAAGUCGGCAGACGGGAUCGGCGUAGGGAUAUGGGUCGCUGUUGUUACAGGCUGUUUCCUCGCCGCCGGCAUCGAGUGGGUGCCCGACUCUGCCCGCGGCCGGCUCACUUCGAGAAGCGUCGUGCGGCUGGGGGGCCAAGCCACGGUGCAGCCGGCGCCCUUCGGCCCCCCUGGAUCGCUACGGCGUGUAGCCCAGGAGGCGGAUAUUAACCAUGAGAGGACGGUAAAGGACCGGGUGCAGCGCCAGGAAUGCCAACCGCAGAUCGACUUUGGCUGUCCCUUACCAUUCACUAACAUCCCCAGUCUGAUUCUCGCCGGCUUCAAUCAGGCCAAAGCGACAUUCUUAGGCAAGGGGGAUGCAAAGGUGCUGGACCACUACCAGAUAGCUAUGAAUUGUCUCGCCGAGAAGAUUGACGACCCACUCUGCCAUCUGAUGCUGAUGAUCACACUAACCGUUUGCUCAUCAUCAGAGACGCCAGAAGUAGUGCAAGGGUCGCAUAGGUUCAGCGUUGCGUCCAAGAGAAAUGACCCAGGCCAACUGGCCCUCGUCAUGGUUACGCGGAUGAUGUGGUUCCUCUACCCGGGCUCGUUCCCCUGGGCGAAGGGCUCAGGUGGGACGGCGUACGACGUAGCGGAGAUAACGAAGAAGAUUGGCUGUAGUAACAGGAUGCUGCGAGAGCUGGGCUGGGUAACGUCCAGAAGCAAACCGGACAGCCCGCGGAACACAGAUCUACAGCUCCAGCCCCAAGAGCAGCUGCUGAAGACAUUCCGAGAUCUACGUGGCGCCUUGAAAAGGCCAGAUGACUUCAUCAGAAUGGUCUUCCGUAGCGAUGAGGAGAUCUGGAUGGACCGCUGCUCAAGUAUCAUCCACGGUUAA